AUGGUGGUCGAGAGGGUUUGGUUAGAUUGUGUGGCCGGUGUUAAGAUUGAAGUUUGUGGCAAGAGGAGGAUGGCUUUUGGGGCUAAGAUGGCAGAAUCGGAGAAGAAAACUUCAUCAUCAGUUAGUCCGAAAGAGAAAAAAUCAUUGUUCGUGAGAUCUUAUAUUACCUUUGAAGCAGAUGAUGAAAUUGGAAAUGAGUUCCUCGGCUCCUGGAAAUCAAUGUCGGUGAUGGAUGAUGACAAAUUGGAUUUUGGCUUUGAUACAGUCUCCACUGGCAAGAACAAGGCAUUUAACUUUGACAAAUUGGACAUGGAUUUUGAUCUAGGUGGUGAUUUUGGCAAGUUGUCAUCCUUCAAAGUCGACAUGUCAGACCUUGAUUUCCCAGACUCAUCCAAAAAGGCUGCAAAACCUAAGAACAAAUCUGAUGGAGAAUCUCCUAUGGGGGGAAAGGACAGCUUUUCCUUCUCUUUUGAUUUUAAUGAGUAA